GCUUGGUCCCUAAAGCCUUAAGAACCAGUUUUGAAACGGGUACCAAUUGUCAGCACCCAGACUUCUCCUUCUCCACACACUUGCAGAUUGCCUGUAAACACCACAUCUGCCUUGGGGAAACCAGCUGAAAAUGCUUUGCGUGUAUCCAGUUCUUUACAACAAUAAUAGCAAGGAAUGGGAGAUCUAACACACACACAACACCAAAUAAGACUGUGCUUGUAACUCUUUUUAUUUAACAUAUUAAGAAGAUCAGAUAUGACCACCUUCACGGCAGUUCCCUUCUGAGCUGGCUCACUGCCCCACACGCUGCUGCCAGGAUCCAAAGCAAUUCUGCAGGGCAUUUCCUGAAAGGAUGUUGAGGUUCUCCAUCAAUUUUUCUUUCGCAUCUUCUACUGACAAAAAAAUGGUUCCUUUGGGCACCAACUGGAUCUCUGGGAUCUUUUCACUGUCAGCCUCAGUCAAUAAUUGAAAAGUUUCUAUUGUGUAUUUCUUCAGUUUCACAAGAACUCAAUGUUCACUCGUUGUUCUGUCUCACACACCAACAUUUUCUGGCUGAGGGUAAGGAAACUUCUCUAUUUGAACUCGCGUCCACUUAUACGGAGCAAAGCGAUCGAGCUGAGCCUCAUCACGCUGUGACAGGCAACGAUGACCAGCAACACAGAAAAAUCUCAUGAAAAUUGGAGUAAACGUAAAAGAGAGACAGAGAAUGAAGCUUCAGAAAAUCCUCAGUUGAUCUCCAUUGACAAAACGGAUUUGGCUUCUUCUGAGGGCUUGCAGUCCCUUUACAAACCUGAACCACUGGAAAAAGUUAUAAAUGAGAUGAACAAAGAAAUUAUGAACCUGCUUUCAAAAUACGCUCAUAUUUUAAGUGAGAGAGCAGCGAUGGAUGCUUCUUAUGUCCAGGAACUUGAUGGAAUCUUAAAAGAAGCGAAGACCAUAGAAAACCACUUAAAACAGAAAAGGGAGAGUCUGAAACAGAGACUGAAUGUGAUUGCAAAUACACUGCAAAGCUAAAUAGCAUUUGUCAGAUUGCAGAAAUGUAGAGCAAAGCUUGUAGUAUAUUUUAUGUGUUGAAAAAUAAACUGUAAUGAGUGCUAUGGUGAAUGUUUCAUAAAUAUCUUAUGUAAAUAUUUCUAGCAGUUCAGGAAACUUUCAAUAAGGUAAGCAGCAACUUAUUUUUUCUUUUUAGUGUGUAGAUACAACACAGGCAGAAGUUAGUAAAAAACUAAAUAUCCAUUUAAAAUCCUAUGCUUCAAGGGGUUCUAACACAUUAAAAAAACUUUCUUUACUUGUUGACCCAUCACUUAGGCUUUCCCUCUGCUUCCAUCCCUCGAAGAUAUUGGAAGCAUUUGAAAAAGAAAGUAGGAUGAAUUUUGCUUUGUUUGGCUUUAAGGCUACAGAAGUUCUAUACAGUUGAAUCAGAAGCAGUCAUGGUAUAUUUAAUGUCACUGCUAAGGAUGGUUUUUGCUUUCACUGCCACAAACAGGCACAGUAUAGAAACAUUUCUGUGGAACAUCAGAUUUCGCAAUGUAACUGGAAAAUGACCUCAGAUGACUUAACGUUAACAAUUUCCUUAGGAGUUCUUUUAAGAAUACUGCUUCGCAAAAUGUAUAGGGUUAUAAAGUCUUAAUUUGAAAAUGUAUUUUAAUGUUUCUACAGCUUUACAAAUGAAACCAGGGCCAUUUUGAUAUAAACAUAAAAAAAGACUUCAUCAAAACUUGGCUGGUAAUGACAAUAAAUAGAUAAUGUUACUAUAAUCUGGAAUUACACUGCUCUUUUAUUUUGUUAUUUAGAUGCAUCAUUAUUGGUUGCUGCUUAUGCCGUUUAUUUAAGGCUUAUUGAGUUUUUUGAGCACUUUUUCUUUCUUGUAACUUGACUCUGUUAAAAGAAGAUAAACCAUAAAACGUAAAAAGCAUCAUUUGUACAAAUUGUGAGGCUAAUGUAAUAAAGAAAAGUGCUAAAGAGUCAUGUUGCCAGCAUAAGACAUUUAAAUCUUUACCCUGGUUCCCUGUAUUAAUUUUCCCUUUAAAUCGUUUCAGACUUAAUCAAUCCUACUUUCCGCCUUUAUUAGAUAAAAGUCACAAGCAAACGUGCUACUGAAUACUAUUUAAAACAAAUACAGAGACAAACUGGACAUCUCGGGUGAGAUGUUCUGAGGUAUUUAGAUACCUAAAGAUGCAGAUAUGUACUUAGUAGGAUUUUCCAAGUGCCUAAGUGUGUAAGCGCCUUACAUGCUUAGGAAUUUUUGAAAAUCCCAUAAGGUGCCUAUCUGCAUCUUUAGCAUCUCAAAGCUUUGAAAAAUCUCUCCACUAGGCUACAUCAUAUUUUACCAGUCUCUUGCUUUUUCCUAACAACCACAUCUCAUUUUGUAAUCAGUCUCGGUAACACUGAUUAAGCAGAAGUAGGAGAAAAAGAGAAGUAGUUAAAUUUCUACAGUGUUAUGCUAAAAUCUAUGGUCAUCAGUAACGAUGACAAAACACGGUAUUUUAAAUUGUCACCUACGAAGUGUCUGAACUUAGAAAUUCACCUUUAGUUCUUUAUGUAAGCCUUUAAAGAAAAAUUACAGGAAAGUCAUUACUGUUAAAUGUCUGCCUGCUAUCCGAGUCAGAAACUUGCUGCAUUUUCUCUGUUUGUGCUUGGGAAAAUGAUGCAACCUUUUUAGAUCACCUGGAUUUAGAGCAUCCAGAUUUAGUUUAUGUGCCUAAUAUAUCCAAGCUGCAACCCUUUGGCUUUAGUAUUAAGUGCUAUUAAGAAGCAGAACUUGAAAGAACUAUGGGAUCAUACACUCUGUGUUUCUUCCUGCAGGGGAUCAGGAGGGCACAGACCCAGCGUUACUGUUGUGGCAGUCUGCUCCAAUUUAAAACUUCAUAAAAUCCAGUAAAAAUUAUACUACUUGGAAGAAUGCUUUCUCUGGCAUUCAGGUGCAGUUAACUUCAAACAUACUUCUCUAAAUGGUGACUUGUGGUUUUCUACAGUGAUUUCUUACACAGUUGGCUGUCAUUAUAAUGGAGAGUGAGCUCUGUGGUAGAAAGGGGAUUUUAGUAUUUGAAGAGGCGCUGAAAGUAACAUCAGUCAA